GCGCCAGUGGGAGGUGUUGCUGCGAAGUGUGCGGUCGCGGGUCGAUAUAGGUUAUUGCAGUGACCAAGCUGCUGAAAGUGGUAUUUGUUAGAAGCAUAGCUGAUAUAUUUCACUCCACAGAAGUGUUUUCUGACGGAAGACAACAACUUGGCCUGUCGCAGCUGGCGGGGGAAGAGAAUCGCUCGAGCGUGAUGCUUGUGGAGCACAUAUCGCUGGAGGCGGCGCAACAGAGGCCUGCAAGGCUCGUUCGGAAGAGGAGAGCACGAGGCGUCACCAGCCAUGGCAGCCGGGAGCGGACCAAGGUGCCGCGCUGCCAGCUGACGCCGGUGCCGAUCACAAAGCUGGAGCCCGACGAGGACUCGGGCCUGGGCCUGGACGAGCCGGGCGUCGGCGCCCUGGAGACGGCCCAGCUGAUCCGCUCCGGCAUCACGGCCACGGUACGUGGCCUGCGCCGUGACCUCAGCCCGGCCGGCGGCUUCGUGCGGGAUCUUGACACCACGACGGAGCCGUACUCGCCGAGGGACUUCCUCAAGGGCGUCAACCCAGUGUCCAAGUGUGGCAAGUACCGGCUGGUGUUGGCCAGAGAGCCGGAGACGCGUCACAGAGCCCGAUACCAGACCGAGGGCAGCCGGGGUGCCGUCAAAGACGCCACCGGCAAGACGUCACCACAGGUGGUGCUGUCCGGGUACGCGGAGCCGUGCCAGCUGCAGAUGUACGUGGGCUCGGACGCCGACGGCUGCAGCCCGCACCUCUUCUACCAGUCGUGCCGCGUCACGGGCAAGACGGCCAGCCCCAGCGAGGAGCUCGUGCUCAACGGCACCGUCGUCAUCCAGACCACGAUGACGCCGGAGCCGGACGGCAGCGGCGUCAGCGCCCGGUGUGACUGCCUGGGCAUCCUGAAGCAGCGCAACGUCGAUAUCGAGUCGCGCGUGGCCGAGGCGGGCGGCCCGAUGACUACAGCUUCGGCCGGCCGCCGCCCGUCGGCGCUGCGCAAGGGGGCGCGCGCCACCAGCUGCCGGCUGGUGUUCCGCGUCACCAUCGUCAACGGGCGCGGCCAGGCGGAGACGCUGCAGGUGGCCUCGCGCUCCAUCAUCUGCACCCAGCCGCAGGGCAUUCCCGAGGUGACGAAGCUGUCACUGCGCGAGGCCCCCUGCGACGGCGGUUUGGAGCUGAUCGUGCUCGGCAAGAACUUCGUCAAGGACUCGCGUGUCGUCUUCUCCGAGCCGGGCGAGGGCGGCGCCGUCGGCUGGACGGAGGCGGUGGCGCCACACAAGGACCACACGCAGGCUGUACACCUGGUGUGUGACGUGCCGCCGUACUGGGACGGCCAGCUGGCGGCGCCGCGCGAGGUGCAGCUGACGGUGCGCUCUGGCGACAAGGAGCGAACGUGGUGCCGUUCACGUACCUGCCGGCGGCCAACAGCGAGCUGCCCCCGCCCCCCGCUCGCAGUGAGUCGGCCGGCGGAGACCGGCAGCUGCCGAACGGCGUGUCACAAGCCGCCGUAGCGAUAAAUCGCCAUUUCGCCGAGACCGGAGAGAUCUUGCUGGGAAGCAGCGCGCCGCGGCAGGAACAGCCGGCCGCGGUGCCGACCGACGAGACCAACCGACCCGCCACAGAUCAUCAUGGACACACGGCCCGGACCGAGCCAGCGGUAUCGACGAUGGUGGUGCCGGUGGUGAGUUCGGGGCCCGAGCAGAGCGUGUUCGUCACAGUCACCCUGCCGGUGGCAGCGGCGGCCGGCACACCGCUCUUCCAGUCGCCGACGCUAACGCUGGCGGCCGCCGAGC